CCGCGCGCUAGCCAAUCGGACACGCGGGCCCUCCCCAUCAGCGUCUCCGCCCCCGUGCCCGGGAUGUUGGGCCCCCGCGGCGUGACGCGAGCACGGCGGCUCCGCCCCCUGCGUCUCGGGCCUCGCUGGCCUUGGGGGGAUGGUUUCAUCAUGGCGUCAAUGCAGAAACGACUACAAAAAGAACUGUUGGCUUUGCAGAAUGACCCACCUCCUGGAAUGACUUUAAAUGAAAAGAGCGUUCAGAAUUCAAUUACGCAGUGGAUCGUAGACAUGGAAGGUGCACCAGGAACCUUAUAUGAAGGGGAAAAAUUUCAACUUCUGUUUAAGUUUAGUAGUCGAUACCCUUUUGACUCUCCUCAGGUCAUGUUUACUGGUGAAAAUAUUCCCGUUCAUCCUCAUGUGUAUAGCAAUGGUCAUAUCUGUUUAUCCAUUCUAACAGAAGACUGGUCCCCGGCGCUCUCAGUGCAGUCAGUCUGUCUCAGCAUUAUCAGCAUGCUUUCCAGCUGCAAAGAAAAGAGACGGCCACCAGAUAAUUCCUUUUAUGUGCGAACAUGUAACAAGAAUCCAAAGAAAACAAAAUGGUGGUAUCAUGAUGAUACUUGUUGAUGCCACUGUUCUCAUCCUCGUAGCAGAAGAUAGUCCUACUGAGAAAAUGAGCACUUUGAUCAUUCAGUCUUUGAACUUUAACCUUUGACUGGAAGUGACCUAUAGGCAAUGAAGACUACUUCCUUUUACUGCAUUUUUACUCGUGUGCAUUCUGGGCGCAUGUUGAUCGCUGGUUCAGUCCAGGCAACUGACAUGCUUUUAUUAGUCAUACAGUAUUAAUGCAGGUGUCAGGAAAUGUCAAAUAUAAUUCCAUUUUUUAAUUUUUAUUUUUUUAAGCUUUUGGAAAAGUUCCAGGUCCUCAUAUAUUGUGCAAUAACAGUGACUCCCUCAGUGGUUUGGGGACGUUCAUUGCCGGCAAUGGACAUUGUAAAAGGAAGAGUUUUCAUAACUCCUGCCACUUGGUGAUUAAUGCAUGAUAGGACCUAUGAAAUGAAUUUAUCGGUUGUUGUGGGAUUAUAAGGCAAGUGAGGGAUCCAACAUUACAUGAAAGCCACCCCAACUGUUUGUAUUUGGAUUCUAUGCACUGUGAUCGUAAGGCUAACAGCAUGAAAUUACAUGCAUCUUAAAGGACCGUAAGAAAGAUCAUUGCAUAUUUAUUUAAUUGUUUAUAUCUACUGUCAAAUUGUUUGGACAUGGAAAGUUUUCGAGGAACAUUGGCAGAGAGGUACAAUAUGUUAUCCCUAUGGUGAAAAUAAAUUCAUUUGUUGUAUAUAGUCCUCAAUCUCUGAAGUAAAGGUGUGAAUAAUAGGGUGUGAAUGGUUUAACCAAGGCGUUGUUUUGGAAGUAAAAAAAAAAAAAAAAAAAAAAAAAGGCAGUGAUGAUUAAAUUACUGCCAUCUAUCAUUUGGGCCUGUUAUUAUUUUUCCAAGUAUAUUAUACUCUGUUACUUCCUGCUAGCCAUCAGCAUGAGCCCUGUUGCCUAAACACUAUUUCAUUUAUUUAUGUUUGGGAAAAAAAUCCAUAAACAUUUUUGUUUGUAAUCUUGUUUCUUUUGUUAUGUUUUGUUUAAAUGUUACAAUACUUUAAUUGAAAGAAUUUUGUCAAGUUUUUUUCUUGUAAAUUUUCUUUACAUGUAUCAUCUUGUCUUUCAGUACUGUACCCUAAAAUGAGAAAUACAUUUUUGAGAGAGGCUUAAUGUUUUAACAAAAGAGUGUGGACAUUUUUAUUUUAAGAUUUUGGCAAAGGGACACUAUAAAAAUGAUGUUUGCUUAUUUGACUCACAUUUCCAUUGUGUAAGGUUUCUUGGAAGAAUUUGUUUUGUUUGUUGAGAUUUUGCUUACAGCUACGUGUAGUUUUUCUGUCUGUCUCUACUCGUAUGUAUGUAUGUAUGUAUGUAUGUAUGUAUGUAUGCAUGCGUGUCUCUGUCUGUCUAUCUAUCUAUCUAUCAUUUCUCUCUCUCUGAUCUAUAAAACAGUUGUUGAAAAGGGUCCAUCUCAAGUACCAUAUACCAUGUAAUGAUACUAUAACUAGGUCUUUUUAAGAAGUGAUUAAUGUAUUUUAUAAAUUACCUUUUCACAUAUGCAAGCUCUGUUUCUAUGACAAUGUUAUUUUUACUAAUGCCUUACUGUUACACUCUUUUUGAAUAUCCUGCAGUGAAUAUAUUAAUCAAUUUGGGCUAAAAAUAAAAACCAGUUGGCUAAAAGGUCUGACAGUAUGUAACCCCAUAAAAAUCAUUCAACUGAUAAUUGGUAAAAAAAUGUUUUAAAAAUUGUUUUUAAUCUGUGUAGAUGACAUUUUGUAGCUUUGUACAUGUUGUUAAUUAAGGGCAUAUAAUUUUACACUCUAAAAGUAUAACUGCUGAACUCAGGGGUGGGUAGACUUCAAAAAUAUGUCUGCUGUAGAAAUAACUUGAAAAACAUUAAAACCGUGGCCAGCCACCAAAUUGUAGACACUGUUUAUACUACUAGGGAGCAAUCAUCAUUUUUUAAAGAUUAUAACCAUUUUCUUGUCUUGACUGCAUUUACAUAAGUUCCCACAGUGAUCAUUAUCAGUUUUAUUAGUUGGCUACUUAACAUGAAAGAAAUCUUUACAUUCUUAGUUUUCCUCUGCUUUUAAGAUAAAAUUACAGCUGUAAAUUAAGUUUAUGUCACUGCUCUAAAUACUAAUUAACUCUUUUUGUCAGGGGGUGGGGGCACAGGGAGAAAAGCUUACCUAUUCGUGGUUCUCUUAAUAAAAUCCUGGCCUGUGACGUCACCCACCGAAGGAAUUACUACACACAGGUCAAGCAGUAACAGUGCUGUAGUGUAGAUUACUAGCUUCAGUUGUGUUUUGAUAACAGUGCUUUAAUAUACCUCUCUCUAUACAGACACUGUAGAGUAGACUCAAAUGAAAUGGGAGAUAGUAAAAAACCAAACACUUUUACUUCAUUUUUGGUUCCAACUGAAGAGAUUAAAAAUAUAUCUAAAAUAUAGGAGCAUCAACUACUACUAAUUCAUAAUUAGAUUAAUAUUACUCCUUUGAAUUUAGAAAAAUUCUUUUACACUUGCAUUUAAUUAUCUACCAUUAUUAAAAGUCAUAAGAUGUGUAUCUUGGUCAUUGUUCCAUUGAGGACAAGUUAUAAAACAAAUAUUUUGCUGUAAUGUUACUACUGAAAGGAAGCCAGAAUUACAAGAAAUGUAUAUGAAGUAUGCUGUUUAUUCCCUCCUUCCUGCAUCCUCCAUUAAGUACUAGCCUGCAACAUAUUUUCACACUUACCUGUCUGUCUGCCCACCUCCCCUAUCCCCCAAUCUCUCUCUCUCACAUUUAUUUUUGUCUGUUCUCCUGUUUUGCCAAAUUUUGUUUAGAUAAGAUUCAGGCAGUUCCUUGUUUUUGCAGGUACGAACUUGAUGCCCUUCCAAAUACAGACAAAUGAUAUAUAUAUGUGUGUGUAUAUGUACAUAUACACACACAUAUAUAUAUACACACACACACACACACACACACACACAUAUAUAUGUAUAUAUAUAUGUAUACAUAUAUAUAUAAAACAUUUGACGGAGAGAGGUUAGUUUCAGUUUUGUGGGUGUUCUCUUAGGGAGUUUAUAUUUACUUCUAAAGAAUUUAUAUAUGUAAUUUUCUUUAGCUAGUGGGACAAUAAGGUUUUGUUUUAUUCUUUAGGUCCUAGGAGAAAAGGAUGACAGCUUUUAUGUAGUCAACAGUUCAGCUGGAAAAAGACCAUAAUUUCUGUUGCUCAUGUUACUAAGUGACCAGGGUGGUUUACUAUUUCCCUUUCUGAAUUUUAAAUACAUGCAAAUGCAUAUAUAAGUAAUGAUUGUAUAUAUUUUACUUACCUACAUUGAUAAUAACUUCUGGAGAUCCUAAAACAGGUGUCUAGAGACUGGUUUCAUCAAAGGUAAAUUGACAGUAAAGAAAAUGAUCAGUGAGAUGAAAAUGGUGGGUAAAUGUGUUAUUUCUGGUAACGAAGUCUUUUUUAAAGCCUGUGGUUUUUGAGAAUUGCAAUAUUUAAAACUUCUUGGGAGUAUAGUAGAAGAGGAGGUACUAUAUAUUCAAAGGUUUUUGGUUUUUUUUUUUUUUUAGUUAAAAAAAAUUGAGUGUGACUAGGUCUCAGCUUUCAUGUUUGCUGCUGCUUAUAUUUCUCAUUAUUGUGUUUUAAUAUAUCUUAGCCAAAGGUUAAGGGUUAUAAUUAUUUUUAAUUGUAUAUGCAUGUAAAUUGGUUUUCAAAAAUACCUUUCUGACGAUUCAUUAUCAGACUCCUGCAAAGCUGAGAGCGCCACUCACUGGCAGCUCCAUUUACACCGCCACUGAACACACAGUCAGCCAGUGCUGCAGAGCUGAGGGCGCCACUCACUGGCAGCUCCAUUUACACCGCCACAGAACACAGUCAGCACCGGCCUGUUGUGUGCUGCUCCAGUGAAAUCACAGAUGCGUGCUUGCAGUCUGAAGCUGUCUGGGACAGCAGCUGCUCCCACCCUUGUUACUCUUCUUAGGUCUUUGCCCCUACCGUUCUGUCACUUCUUAACUACCUCUUCUCUUCUCAUAUAGAUGCUCAACGUCUUCUUGUUUCCUUUUCUGACUUUUAAGUUCGUUUUUUAUUUUUGUUUAAGGUUAGGGAAUCUAAAGAAGAAAGAUUGGUUUUUUUGGUUUUCGUUUUUCGAGACAAGACUUUCUCUGUGUAGCCCUGGCUGUAUGUAGACUGAGCUGGCCUCGAACUCACAGAGGUAGGUCUACCUCUGCCAUCCAAGUGUUGGGAUUAAAGAUGUGAGCUGCUACCACCCUGCUACAUCUAAAAUUUUCAAGAAAUUAAAAAAUACUUUCUAUAAAUAAGGAACGUGGGUAUGUGGGGCACAAAGGGGGGUGUACCUAACUUCAUUUCAUCAGCAGGUAGCUAAAUGUAUUGAAUAAUUGACAAAACUAAGCUGUGAACUGUCCUUGAAUUUCUUUGGUAGUGAUAUGGAGGGAUUUCCAUUACAUAGGGCUUCUUCCAGAAUCUAUUAUUUCUCAAGUGAAUUAACUUGUUUUUACAUUUAAAUGUGGUAAAAUUUUUUGUGAGUGACUUUUCCUCAACAUAAAUCAUUCAUUAUCUUAGACAGGAUUUUAGGCAUCAUUAUCUUUAGAUAAUGUGCUUAGAGGCACAUAGAAUUUGAACAUUUCAGGCUCAGCUUGCUGUAUAGUUCUGCAAUCUGCUAAGUAAGGUAUUAGUCCUCAGAUUAAUUAUUGAUAUGUUCGAUGAUGAGUCUGAGAAUAUGCUAAGGUUGUGCUGGGCUUCUUUUCUGUGAGCAGGAGUGCCUGAGUAGACACAUGUCCAGCCCUCACUUGGGAAGAGUGCCUGGGAAAGGAGAAUCAGAUUUUCAGGACUAGUUUAUGCAAUCAUGUAAGUUUUUUUCUCAAAGACAAAAUGUACUGAAAAUGUUUUCUGGCCUUUCUGUGAGCCGUAACUUACCAUAGUCUCUUGUCUAUGGAAAGACUGGAAACCUGCUGUCUGAAAGCCCAAGACAAGACUCUGAAGGCAUUCUGAGAUUUUUAUCACACCACAAAGGUGCAAGUCUCUUCAUAAUAACAAUACAUUCAGAUAGAGGCAGGUUGUCAGCGUGAAGUAAAGAACUAUUUGGGUAGAUUAUUGAAUUUAUCUAGUACUCAAGAAUUAAGUACAUGUUCAGGUCACAUUAAAUCUGUUCAUAUUGUUGCUGUCAUAUUCUUUUGGUAAUCACAGUAGAGAUUUUGCUUUUGCUUAGGAAUGGAAAGCUCAUGCUUGAGGGUUUGAAUAGGGUGGGUAUAUAUAUUUUAUAAGUACAAAUUACAAAAAUAUGUAAAAUAACUACUUUUUAACUAGAAUGUAAAUGUUAAGACAGACAAGUCUGUGUUAUAUAUUUUUCAAUACAUGUACCAACCUUUUCUUAGUUGAACAUAGGUUACUUUGUGUGCUUUAUGGAUCUUAAGUAACUUUAAAUAAUAAAGCAGUUUGUCAUUUGCUCUCCCAUACUGCAUACUUGAAUACUAAUUGGAUAAGUAUAAGAGUUCUUUGAUAUAAACUUUAAUUUGCAUAGUGCUUCUUGUAUAUGAAAGCCUAUUAUUUAAAAGAUUAUGGAAACAGACAGCUUCUGUUUCCAAAUGAACUCAUGGCAUGAGGGGCAUCACUGAAGCUGCUUAUCCAUAGGUGGUCCUUACUCAGUUGUGGGGUGCUUAUGCUUCAGGGAAGCACAUCCUGGCCUGUGAUUAAAAUUACUCUGCAAACACACGGGAAGAUUUUCAUUAAUAAUUCAGGACAGCCUGGUAAUUUCCUAAGACCUUGUCCCCAAACUUUAAAAAGGUUGUAGCCUUUUGAAAAGGCUGAGGCCAGACAGUGGUAUCUCCUGCCUGGCCUCAGUCCCUCAGUCCUGAUACUGAAAAAAUACAAAUCUUACCAAAGAGUGGCAGGGCAAGCUGGGUGCAGUGGUUCGUACCUUUAAUUCUGUCACUGAGGGAGGCAGAGGCACAUGGAUCUCUGUGAGUUUGAAGCCAGCCUAGUCUGCAUAGUGAGUUCCAGGACAGCCAGAGCUGCAUAGUAAGACUCUGUCUUGAAAAAACAAAACAAACAAAAACUAGUAGCAGGGAAAGGAGGAUUUGAACAUUAAAAAUUGAGACCUGGAAACUUUGAGUUACCAUGAGUCUGAUGAUGCUUAACUUAAAAGUGUUGUGGUUAAUAAGGACAUUUCCUGGAUGCUUUUCUGAGUGCUCACUGGUCAGCUAACUAAGAUGAGUGACUCUUGAAGCUACAAGAAGAGAGAAGGAAGUGAGCAGAUGGGCUGGCUGUCUCUGCACCUCACUCCAGGCAAGCAGGAAAUGUGAGCUUAGUUAGUUUCUUGAGUCAACUCAUAGCUAGCUUCUAUCAGCAAGCUGUUGUUGCAGCUACUAGGUUAGUAGAUGGUUUGAGAAAGCAGCAUUUGCUUUGACUUUGCCGUUCUCCACAUCCUUAACUUGUUUCCUACCAUCCAUAGUAGGUCUGACUAUUCUCCACUAGAUAAACUGCUGUGAAUAUGUGGGUCUGUUAAAGUCCCCCUGUUGCUAACUGUGUUCAUACAAAGGCAACAUACAGUCUAAUUAACCACAGCUGAAUGGAGAGGUCAGAUGAUAGGGUUGUGUACUUGAAUAGCUAAGGCCAGAACCACAGUGCUCUAGCUCUGCCUCAGUGAAUAUCCCUUGAGGUAGGUUUUGAUUAGGCAUGCUAUUUCUAAAUGUAUUGUUAUAUUAAUGCAAGCAUAUACAUAGGAGUACCUAUGUGCCCUACAAUUCAGUAAGGUACACAUGCAAUUCUCCUUAGGGAAAGAAAAGUAAAAAUCUAAGAUAGAAAGCAUCUUUUCAUAUCUACCUCACCUUUGGGGCCACUGUAGAUGAAUAUGUAUCACUGAUUAAGAGUCUGAGUAGGAAUGCCUGUGUCCUGCAUAUAUUUAACUCAACAUGAAAAGCAUUUGAAUCUCUACUAUUAUUCCAAUAAAAGCAAAUUUCUAUCUUUCCUGUUGUUUUAAUGGUGGUGGUGUCUGUUCUGAUUAUACAAAAAAUCUGACAGUUUAAUCUCGUCUCACUUUUUUGUUGUUGUUGUUAAAUGUUAGGGAAUCUAGCCUUAAAACACCUCCCCUUCUUUCCAGUACCUUGGCCUUUGUGAGUGUUCAGUACCUGCCUAGACUUGACCACCAACAAUCCUUGUCCCAAACUUAUAAUAACAUAAGACUUAUUAUAUAUUGCUAAUGUUCUUGGAUUAAAGUUACAGCAUCUGCUUUUGUUCUUUUUUUUUUUUUAAGUUUAUUUUGUGUGUGUGUGUGUGUGUGUGUGUGUGUGUGUGUGUGUGUGUAUACCAUAUUUGGAUAGUGCCUGCAGAUGCCAGAAGAUGGAUGUUGGAAUCCCUGAAUCGUUGUGAGCUGCUUUGUGGGCACUACAAACUGAAUCAGAGUCCUUUGCACAAGCAGCAAGUGCUCUUAAACCUUGAGCCAUCUCUCCAGCCCCCAGGAUCUGUUUUUCUACCUAAAGGUUUUACCACUUUAAUGUUCAACCAGUAAAGCUCAUUAUCUUUGUCCUGUCUUCCCUCCCUCCUACCAAUAAUGUAUCCUGUGUCCUCUAAUUUUAGGUAGACCAUUGCAAGAUGUAUUGGUGAUCUCAGCCUAUAAGGGACAGUACUAGAUAUAUUGGUUUUUAAUAAAUGUAUUUUAAGUUGA